AUGUCUGUUAUUCGACAACCGUGUGAUCGUGAUUUGGAACAUUUAUUGAAUAAAAGAGAUGGUGGCAUCAAUAUAAAUGCGGGUAUUGAUUCUGGCUGUGGUCAUCCUCGUCAAAAGAAUGAUGCAAAACUUGGCUUUUUAUCUCCUGGUGAACUGAAACGAAUACAUACCAGUCCAACUUGGAAAAGAAAAAAAGAAAUUGAAAAUGAACAACCGAAACUUAUGGCCACUGCUAAUAUUUCAUCAAAAACUCAAAAUGGUAUUAAUUCGACAGUGAA